GGGUGUCCGGCCGGAACGAUGGCGGAUUCCGAAACAUCGCGCGAGAUCAGCGAGACACUCUCGGCUAUUGUGCGCAUCGCAUAUCGUCAAUCUAGCAUCAUGUGCGGCACGCACGAUCCCAUCGCGCCGGUAAAUGACGCGGCCGCGAACGCCGGCGACGCGGACGCGCGCGGCAUGGAGUGCACGCGUCGUCUGCUGGGUCUGCCGCUGUUCGCCACGGUGACAUCGGCGUUCUGCGGUGCGUACACGGCCGUGCGGGGCUCCCACGAGUCGGUCGCGACGAUAUUAGGUUACGUGGAGAACGGGAUGCAUACGAGCUUAGACUUCGCAAGUCCCGUCACCGACAAAGUGGCCGGCAUCCUGGAAACGCCGCUCAAGGCCGUCGAUAGUGCGAUGUGUGCUAGUCUGGACUUCGUCGAGGAGAAGAUACCCUCCGUGAAGCUGCCGCCCGGUCAGAUCUACGAGAACAUGAAGGACAGCGUCAGGAAUAUAUUCACCUCGGCGUUCGAAGUUCUUAGGCCUCUGUUUGGCGGGCCGAAGAAUCGGAUAGAGGACUUGUCGAUUGCGAGUGAGACUGCACAAAAGGAAAUCCGAAAAGUGUCUAGUUGAAUGGCGAAAAUGCCAAGGACGAUUAGUACUCAGGCUUUCGUCGUGAGAUGUGCACGGUGUUUUAAAUGAUUAUCACCAGGAUGAGAUCAAGUCCAUUUCAAACGGUUUGUAUAACUCGUAUCGUAAUUCAGGACGGAAUUCUAUUUCCAAUUUUAUUUGCCGUGUAAUACAUAAAAG